CGCCCCCUCCAUCUGCGGCGCCCUGUGAUUGGAAGGGGAAACGAUUACUUAGUAGCGCCGUUGGAGUGGCCGGGAGAAGAGGGCCGGCCAGAGGUGACGCCGUGGCGCCGGAGGUGCGGGGCCCCGCGGCACUCCGGGCGGUGGAUGGCGGCGGGAUGGAGCCCGAGGGGAGCGGCGGCGGCGGCGGCGGCGGGUCGGCCGGGCUCAUGCAGCAGAUCCUCAGCCUGAAGCUCGUGCCGCGGGUGGGCAAUGGGACCCUGUGCCCCAACUCCACUUCGCUCUGCUCCUUCCCAGAGAUGUGGUAUGGUGUGUUCCUGUGGGCACUUGUGUCCUCUGUCUUCUUUCAUGUCCCUGCUGGAUUACUGGCCCUCUUCACCCUCAGACAUCACAAAUAUGGUAGGUUCAUGUCUGUAAGCAUCCUGUUGAUGGGCAUCGUGGGACCAAUUACUGCUGGAAUCUUGACAAGUGCAGCAAUUGCUGGGGUUUACCGAGCUGCAGGGAAGGAGAUGAUCCCGUUUGAAGCCCUCACUCUUGGCACUGGACAGACGUUCUGUGUAGUGGUGGUCUCUUUUUUACGGGUUUUAGCCACCCUAUAGCAUAUGCCCUUUCACUGGGAUGUCAUACCUGCGUUUUAUAGACUCCUCAAAAGGCAGAGAUGGUGUCCUGGUUUCUUCAUUCCUCCGAUGGAAACGACUUGGAGGCAGGAGAAUGUGAAGAACACCGCAGCUCUUCCUUCACUUAGAAGCUCCAGCAAUUGAAGACCCUUGCGGGCACUUCUCAUUCCCAGCCAAACCAAGCUCCUCGUCUUUCUUUUCUUUUGGCUAUUUAAGUUUUACAUGCAUAUCUUCACCUAAGCCAACGAUGCCUCAAGUUUGCAUCUUUCGAACAAGAAUUUGCAUCAUUAUUUGCAAAAAUGCAACAUUGCUGUUUCACAGAAACAAUGGAAAAUGCUGUUUAAUUUCAAGGAAGCAGGCUGCACUGUACUAAAAGCUUAUCGUUGUGAGGGUAAAGCCAAGUUGGCUUGGGGUGAGAACAGUUUGAGAACUGGUGGAAUGUAACGGGAAGAAGAACUGAAGUUAAUUCAAAGUAACAGCUUUGGUUCCACUGUCAAAAGUAGGUGACUACUGAGAAUGUGACACUUCAUGGUUAACUAUCUUGACCUCUGAUUAUUUAAUAUAUUUUAAGAGAUGUGAAUUUAUCAUUUGAUCAAAAUAAGCUAGCUAGCUGAGAUUUUUUUUUCUUUUCUUUCUUCUUUCUUUUCUUCUUUUUUAAGAUGUGAGGACUUGCUUUGUUACCCAGGCUAGCCCAAACUCCUGGGCUCAAGUGAUCUUCCUGCCUCAGCCUCCUGAGUAGCUGGGACUAUAGGCAUCACCAUCAUGUUUAAUUUAGGCUCUUUUUCCAAAUAAUUUCCAUGAUAUCUUUACCUAUCACCUUUAACGCUGCCCAUUUUAUUUACUUUCUCUAGAAACAUGCAGACUUUCUUAAGUAGCUUGAGUUGAACUUCAAAACCAGACAGGUUAGAUGCUCUUGGGACAUUCAGGCACAAGUAAGACACUUGCAGGAUUCUGUUAUAGUUUUUCUUCCUAAUUUAAGUGUAUUUGAUGACUCUCAAACUUGUGGAGUACUGCUGAAAUGAGUUAGUGGUUAUUGGUUUCCUUCUGUGUUUACCUAGCAAUGGCUCCUCAGCCCACUUCGGCAGUAUUUGAGUAUCAACUCCCAGAAAGUGCCUAAAACUUCCUCUUAUUCAAGAGAAUUUAUAUCCUUAAGGAGAUAGUUUUUAACUUUAUUUUAGCUAUUUUACUUUUUAACUCUACUGCCUAACUUUGUUUUUCAUUAAAAAGACCUGUGAACUGUGACAUUCAGAAGGGAAAGGGAUGUAAAAAAGUAUGCGCCUUUUAUCAUUUUAACGGUUUUGUAUAAAGUACAAUGUUCUUUUUGUUACCUGUUCUCAAAGUAGCCUCCGGUAUUUAACUCUCACAUUUUAAAAGGAGAAUGUUCAUUGUGAGAUUAAGACUGACAACCUAUGAGGGCAUAAAUUUAUCUUAAAGCAAUAUGCUUUCAGCUUCUGGUUAGAAAUAGCCAGGAGGGGACCAGCAAGAUGGUUCAGCAGGUGAAGGUGCUUACCUCUGACCUGAGUUUGAUUCUUGGGACCCACAUGGUGGAAGGAGAGAACUAACUCCUGCAAGUUGUCCUCUGACCUCCAUAUGCUGUUCACAUGCAUGAAUAAAUAAAUAAAUAAAUAAAUAAAUAAAUAAAUAAAUAAAUAAAUAAAUAAAUAAAUAAGAGUAAUAAAAAUUUUAAAUAGCCAAGAGGACCUCUGUGGGCACUUGCACUUAUGUGCAUAUAUUCCCUAUCCCCCACAUACACAUAAAUUUUAAAAUAAGGUAAAAUAGCCAAGAGGGUCAAUUUUUCCAGGAAUUGCUGGGGGAAAAUUGCAGGGGUGGCCACAAAAACCAGUUGGCUCUUUCCUUUAGACCACCACUUGUUAAAACUUCAGUGACAGGUCAGAUUUGGUGGGCAGUUGAAGUGCAGAUAAAGGGCCCUUAAUAUUCCCCAGAAAUAAGAGCAAUCUUUCUUUUGACAAAAGACUUCCAUUUUAGUCUCAGGGGCUGUGAAUUGAGAAAACAACCUUUCAGUUGGAAAACUGGAACGUUGUCCUCUGCAUUCUGGGAAAUGACCACACCAUUUAUGGAAGAGCACCGUACGUAGAGUGCUUACCAAACACUCUUUGGGGUGUAAUUUCACACCCUAAGCACAUAGCUGAAUUGGUGAUUAAAAUGUUAGGUCUUUGUGUUUACAGCCCACACACAAAAGUUAGGGCAUUUUGAAGGACGUUUUUGUUUCCAUCUGUUUCUUGUUUAUGUUUUAUCUGCUCUUAAAAAAUAAAGAACUUGAACUGUAAAAUGUAUCUUCAAAUUACUGAGUAUUUCAUCUAUCCCAAUGUGUGUCAAGCAUUCUUUUGUGAAUAAGUGUUUAUAGACUCUAUAGACUGAGCUUUGUAAAGGCUUGAUAUGUUUUCAUUUGAAUGAUAAACCAAGAAUGCUUUCCACUUUGAUCCCUGUUCCUCAUCUUCCUCUUUUCUCUUGUCUCAAAUGCAGAUUUACUUGUCAUGAUUUCUGUAGAAUACAUCACCUUAUACAAUUUCUUCAGGAGGUGUCUCCCACUACGGACUUUCUUGGACCCUGAUCCCUGCAUUUAUAUUUCCACUUCUCACCCCCUCUUUUUAAAUUCUGAGAUGGAGGGGUAACCCCCAACCAAAAAGCUGAUCUCUUGAUUCCUUAGUGAAUUGUGGGAUAAAAAUUAAGUUUGUGUCCAAAAGUGUAAUGAUUAUUAUGUGAGCAAGAUGUGUCUUGGGGCUGUUAACUUCCUUUGGAGCAAGACACUCCUUAGGAAAUGCUGGCACUAGUGAGAAGCCAUUCGUGCCAAUACUGGUGUCCUUCCUGUGUCCUGUAGGUUUCUAAGUUGUAUGUUGGCUUUUGAUUCCAAUGUCCUUUUGACCGCCCCGUUUUUCAUUAAGUUCUUGUGACACUGCAGAACACCCAACCUUCCCCAAGGAACUGUUUCCUGGAAUGUGAAGCCCUGGUGUCGUUAGUGGCCCACAUGCAGAAGGUUUUGUGAACUUGUAUUUCUUUCUGUGUACUAUGUAAGGCUGGUUAUGACCAAAAUCAGCUCAACUUUUUAUAUUAGGUUAUUGCACUUAACUGCUAUAGUCCAAGCGAUCAAAUCUUUGUACAUUAGAAACUUGUUUAAAUUUUAUUUUUCUACUGACAUUUCUAAUGCUAGUAUGUUUAUCAAUAAAGAAUUACUUUAAA